AUGCUGUCUUGGAAUAUGAAAAGUUCCAAAUAUCCAUUGAGUCCAUAUGUUGGGGAGGGCAUGGAAGCGUUCAUUGGAUGGGUAAUGACACUCCAAUCAAGUUUGACUCUCUGCCUCUCUGAGCUUAUUGUCCACUUGUUCGUCAGGAGAUCGGAUGCUUCGGAGGGACAUCAAGUCGUACUCAUUGGGUCGAUCAAGUUGAAUCCAUUUCUGGAACCCCACACUCUGGGUGCGAAGUCGGUCGAUGUCCAACAUGGGACUGGAAAAGUGCUACUCGAGGUUUCCUAUGUCGAGAAAGAGAUACUCCCCUUCGAGGACUGGAAGAAGUUAAUACUGGCGAUCUUGUCCAUGUCAAAAAGGAAGACACGAAUCGAUGCUACGCCAUGA